CGCUUGUACCUCUUCCUGCAAACCUCUCCAGAAAUAGAGCAGAAUAGAGGAAGGGCAAGAAGAAGGAAACGACAACGAAACGACCGAUACAAACAUAACACAAUGGCACCCCCACCAACCACGGCAGUUCCAUCAGAUUUUGUGCCCUUGACCGGACACUGUAACUGCAAAGCCCUGACCUACACACUCAAAGCGAUGCCUAUGAUAAUACAUUGCUGCCACUGUACCUGGUGCCAGCGCGAAUCCGGCAGCGCCUUCGCCCUCAACGCCCAAAUCGAAUGCUACAACUUGUCUGUCAACACCCCGCCCUCCUCUCCAUCCAAGCAAAUCCAACCAAACAUCACGCAUACGCCCUCACCCUCGGGCGCUGGUCAAAUCUUCGCAAGCUGCCCCUCGUGCAAUGUAGUCCUAUACACACACUACGGCGGCAACAUGUCAAGGGCGUAUGUCAAAGUGGGCACCUUGGACGAUGCCAGUCGCCAGAGGGUGAGGCCCGAUGUGCAUCUAUUCACAACUACCAAGUUGGAUUGGGUGGAUCUGAGCAGGGAAGUCGAGAAUGGGGUGAAGUGCUUUGAAGGGUUUUAUGAAGAGGAGAGCGAUGCGUGGAGUGAGAGCGGUUUGGAGAGACUGGCAGCUUUGAGGGCGUGGGCGGCGCAAGAAAAGGGUCUUUAG